AUGGCGCAUGGACGCGCAGCAGGCCCGGGGCGGGGCAGGCCGGCCAAGUCGGCUCGGGAGGCCCUGCGCGGAGAUGGCGAGUCGGCGAGCGCGCCGGGGCCAAACGGCGCGGGCGCGGGGCAGGCCGGCCAAGGCCGGCGCGCGGAGGCGGCCAUGGGGCGGGGCGGAGGGGCCGCGAUGACCCGGCGCGCAGGGGAGUCGGCCGCGGAGGGCUCGGGCGUGGCCCGUCGGGGGCGCUCGUGCGGAGUCGGCGCCGGGCAGGAGGCGGAUGGGCCGAGCGGCAGCCGGCGGUUGAGGCCACGGGGGCACGCGCAGGCGGAGGAGCUCGGGCGUGGUGACCUGCACCAGCACGGGCGGGGGCUCGCGCACGGGAGGCAAGUCGCGGAGGAGCUGGCGGCCCGCUCGAACAGAAGCUGCAGCCAGCGCCUGUACGGAGGGGAGCCAGUUAGCCGGAGCGAGGCGCCGCGAUGA